GGGACAGCGGCAGCAGCGGCUUCAUCUACCACUGCCAGAGUUGCAGCUUCGAUGCCCACUUCUUGUGCCUUCACAUGCCUCGGACGGCACUCAGCCGCGGCCACCAGCACCCCCUUCACCUCUUGUUCCGCCCACCUACCCAAGGCAGCACCUGCUGUGAUCCUUGCCGCCUUCAGAUACACCACUGCUGCUACAAGUGCAGCAAAAAUUGCGACUUUGUUUUACACCCAUGGUGCUUCACUAAGCAACUGGUAACCAACUCAGAGAGGAAAUGGAGGAAAAGGGAUAUGGCAUGGGCAGUUACAAAAUUGGUUGCAAGGAGAGCUUUCAAGCUCCUACCGUUGGAUGAUUUGGGUGAAGUGAUGGACGGUUUACUCAACGGAUCGGAGGACCUCCCUGACAUCAACGACAUCUUCCAGGCCCUCUUCUCCGGCAAUACCGACGUCGCCGACGGCACCAACAGCUGUAUCUUCGACGAGAUUACCAUCGACGACCUGCGUGACUGCUUCAUUGGCAGUGACAAUCCUUUGCAAGCGGAGUUUGUUUCCUUGUUUCAUGCGCAUUUGGAAGGGAUGGCUGCGGGUGAGACAUCUGCUUCCUCGAAACUCCUUUCAACCGACUCUAACAAUGGCAGCACCAAGAAGGAACCAGCAUCUUGAAAAAGGUUCCUUGCCUCUGGUAUAUUCUAUAUGUUGUCAGAUUAAAGCCCCUCGUCGCCACCGCAGUUACAUCUACUUGU